AAUAGAGUUUUCUUUAGUUGUUAUCCCUUCCCUAUUUUUUUUAUUGAAAAAAAACUCUUAAUAGUUUUUGGUAUUUGUUAAUCGCCAAAUCUUAUUAAACUUGUAUUUAUUUUUCUUUAUACAACUCACUUACACUAUCUUCUUUGUUUAAUCCACUCUCUAUUUUACUCCAAAUAAGAACGUAGAUGAUGGUUUCCGCAACUAAUGAACAAGUAACCAACGUUACUGAUCUCCUCACCAAGAUUAACACUGCUCCUACUUCUGAAGAAGUCGAACAAGCUGCUCAAGAGCUUGCCAAGGUUGUUCAAACCCAAGGUAUGAUUAUGAUCAAGACUUGCAAAAUCCUUGAUAAGCUCUCUGCAUCAAUCAAGAACAAGAAGUCUGGUUUAGAACGUGAAGGUGGCCUUAUCGCUUUCAACGCUAUGGAAGAAGUUUUAUCUCAUGAGAUUGAACCUCUUUUAUUAAACCAUCUUGAUUCUUUCCUUGAUCUCUAUGCCGAUAAAGGUGCUGUUGUUCAAGAAGCCGCUCAAGUUGCUUCUCGUACCUUGGUCGAUUUAAUUCCUGCUGAAGCUACUAAAGCUCUCUUACCUGUUCUCUUGACCGGUAUGGGUUUUGGUAAUGGUAACAGUAAGAAAUGGCAAACCAAGAUUGGUGCUUUGAAGUUGUUACAACGUUUCACUGAAAGAGCUCCUGAACAAAUUGGUGAAUGUUUGCCUGAAAUCAUUCCCGCCGUUUCUGAUUGUCUUGCUGAUACCAAGAAGGAAGUUGCCCUUGCUGCAGAGAAAGCUAUGUUGAAGAUUUGUUCUGUCGGUGGUAACCCUGAUAUUCACCGUCAUUUAAAGGAUCUUGUCUUGUGUAUGGGUAACCCUACCCGUGUACCCGAAACCAUUGAAAAGCUCGCCCAAACUACUUUUGUUGCUGAAGUAAACGGUCCUACCCUUGCUAUCAUGGUUCCUCUUUUAACAAGAGCUUUAAAUGAGCGUUCUACUACUGUUUUACGUCAAACUGUUGUUAUCACUGAUAACUUGUGUAAGCUUGUUCGUGAUCCUCGUACCGCUCAUCAAUUUUUGCCUCAAUUGUUCCCUGGUAUUGAACGUCAAGCCGAUACUGCUGCUUUCCCUGAGAUCCGUGUUUUGGCUAACAAGGCUAAGCAAACUUUGAUCGCUUCCGGUGGUCAUAGUGUCAAGUCUGAUGCUGAUGGUAACCUUACCGAGGUUUCCAUCGAGGAGUGUGUUGCCGCUGUCAAGACUGCUGCUACCAAGACCCAAGGUUUCGUUGACUCCUUCUUUAACCCCUAUGUUUCUUAUAUUGGUACUAUCAUUGCCGAUUUUACCCGUCAGAACACAUUCAUUAAGGAGAAAUGGUUCGAAACUCUUUCUGUUUACCUCAAGGCUUUCGUCAUGAAGUCUGAUAUUCCCGCCGUUGUCGAUAGUUUGUUUGCUGAGAUUCAUGAUCUUUACAAGAGUCGUAACAAGGAUGCUGUCGAUGAUCUCCUUGAUGAUCAAGAGGGUGAAGAGAUUUGUCGUGUCGAUGAUUUCUCUCUUGCUUAUGGUACUCGUCUUUUGUUGAGUCACACAAGAUUGAAGUUGCAUCGUGGUCAACGUUAUGGUCUCUGUGGUCAAAACGGUGCUGGUAAAUCUACCUUGAUGAAUGCCAUUCACAGUGGUAAGGUUGAAGGCUUCCCCUCUCAAGAUGAGGUUCGUACUGCUUUAGUUGAUUAUAACUCUCAAGCUGCCGAUCCUGCUCUUCAAAUCAUCGACUAUGUUGCCGCUGAUUCUCUUUUGGCCAACUUGCCUCGUGCCGAAAUUGAGAAGUCUCUCCGCGAUGUUGGUUUUGAUGAUGCUCGUCUUGAAAUGUCAGUCUCCUCUUUGUCCGGUGGUUGGAAGAUGAAGCUUGAACUUGCUCGUGCUAUUCUUUCUAAGGCUGAUAUUUUAUUGUUGGAUGAACCUACUAAUCAUUUGGAUACUACCAACAUUAAGUGGUUAGAAGACUAUUUGAACGAUCAAUCUCAAGUUACCUGUCUUAUUGUUUCCCAUGACUCUGGUUUCUUGGAUAAUGUCUGUACUCAAAUUCUCCAUUAUGAGAACAGAAAGCUUCGUUUGUACCACGGUAACUUGUCUGCCUUCGUUGACGUUUACCCCGCUGCUCGUACUUACUAUAGUCUUGAUGCCUCUACUAUUGAAUUCACUUUCCCCAAGCCAUCUGUCUUGCAAGGUGUUCGAUCCAAUACAAAGGCUAUUCUCAAGAUUACUGAUUGUACCUUCACUUAUCCUGGCAACAAGGUUCCAUCUCUCUUCAACGCAUCUGCCUCUUUGUCUCUUUCAUCUCGUGUAGCUGUUGUUGGUCCCAAUGGUGCUGGUAAGUCUACUAUGAUUAAGCUCUUAACUGGUGAGACUAUCCCUCAAACUGGUACUGUCUGGCGUCAUCCUGCUCUCCGUAUCGGUUAUGUUGCUCAACAUGCUUUCCACCAUUUGAACCAACAUCUUGAAAAGACACCUACUGAUUACUUACAAUGGCGUUAUUCUACCGGUGAAGAUAAGGAAGUAGCUGAGAAGGAAACUCGUGCAUGGAGUGCUGAUGAACUCAAGCAAAUGGAUAAGAUGAUUUCUGUCAACGGUGAAAACCGUCAAAUUGAAACACUUUUAGGUCGUACUAAGCUCAAGAAGACCUUCCAGUAUGAGAUCAAGUGGAGAAAUAAGCUUCAUAAGUUCAACACCUGGUACUCUCGUGAAAAGUUGCUCGAACUUGGUUAUCAAAAGGUGGUUCAACAAUUUGAUGAUAAGGAAGCUUCUCGUGAAGGUUUGCUUUACCGUGACUUGACUAUUCCUCACAUCCGUCAACAUUUCAACGAUAUUGGUCUCGAUCCUGAUAUUGCUCAAUUCACCAAGAUGAGUGCUCUUUCCGGUGGUCAAAAGGUCAAGGUCGUUAUUGCUGCUGCCAUGUGGAACAAUUGUCAUAUGUUGGUUCUUGAUGAACCUACCAAUUUCUUGGAUCGUGAAGCUCUCGGUGGUCUUGCUACUGCUAUUAAGAAGUGGGAUGGUGCAGUUGUUAUGAUUUCUCAUUCAAACGAGUUUGUUGAUGCCUUAUGUCCUGAAAGUUGGAAGUUAAUUGCCGGUAAGCUUUAUAAGGACGGUAUCUCAUCUGUUGAAGAAGAAACCACCAAGUUUGAUGAGGAAAAGGUGAAGGCAAAGAUUUCCAAGAAGAAGAAGAAGACUAGAAAUGACUUGAAGUUACAAGAAGAGCGUCGUCGUGCUCGUCAUCUCAAGUGGUUGAUUGAAGGUGGUGUCAAAGAACCAGAUACCGAUAGCGAUUAAUUUCGUUAGAGCCUUCUUUGAUCCGCUUUUAAUUUUUUAUAUCAUUUCUUUUCCCUUAAUCAUAUCUCAUAAUACUCUACCUAUACUACCAUACUUUGUCGUUUGUUUUGUUUUAUAUAUCUUUUUCUUUUCUUCAUAUCUUUGCAUUCCUCUUUUAAAAACAUACAAAACCCUCCAAUAGAACAAUUAUAAUAAAGCUAGAAUUUUUUGCACCUAA